AUGGCUGUUAGUUUUAUUCAUGAUUUGACACCUAGUGUCAUUCAUAAAGAUAUCAAGCCUGAGAAUAUACUUGUCAAUGAAGCUUGUGAGGUAAAAUUAAUUGAUUUUGGGCUAAGUCGAUUCGAAGGACUACAUUCGGAGCUAAAUUCAACUGUAGGCUCGCACCCGAAAGGUACGACUUUGUACUUAUCACCUGAGAUCAUUGUUGACAAGCAGUCCCAUUCAGUAAAAUCUGAUAUAUGGGCACUGGGCUGUGUGAUUGUUGAGAUCUUCUCAGAAAAAUCAAUCUGGACUGUAUCAAACAAUGAUAUGAUGUGUGGUCUGUUUAAUACAUUAAGAGCUAUACUGAUUCAAAACAAAAAACCUGAUAUGAGUUAUGUACCCAAUGAUUUAAAAAAAAUAUUAAAAUGUUUUUAUUAUCGGCCAGACAAUCGACCAAAAGCAAGUACAAUACUAGAUGUAUUGAAAUGUUCCGAUUCCGAUUUUUCAGAUGAAAACUAA